AUGGUGUUAUACAAACGUAAACAAGUCAAAAUCAUUCCACCAGAUGAUCUACCUGAAGAUUUGACUACUCAAGUUUGGUUUAUACCAGAAACUAAAGAAUGGUUUCUACUGUACAGUGAUUAUAUCAAAAGAAUGGAUUAUUUGAAAACUAGAAAUUUUGUUUGUGAAAUUACUGGGAAUAGUUGUUUAACCUAUUUUGAAGCUUUACAAAGUGAAGAACAAGAAAUCACAGAAGUUGAAAAAAAUUUCCCUGAAGCAUUAAAAGAACAUAUUUUACGAUUUUUACAAUUUAAUCGAAUUUCAAGAUUAGAUAUGUUAGUUGAUAAUGUUUAUCAAGUUUUCAAAAAUGAUUAUUUCCCUGGUGAAACCAUUUUUCUUCGUGGCAUUGAUAAUAAUAAAGAACAUUCAGUAAAACAACGAGGAACAAUUAGAGAAAAAGUUCAAUAUGGACAAGAUCAACCUACUAAAUAUCUUGUGGCAAGAUUGAAUGAUAAUCAUCAAGCUAUUGUUACGGAACAAAAUAUAUCAAGAGAUAGAAAUCAUUUCACUAAAUGGUUAAUUAAAACAUUUAUCAAAUUAACCAUGUCAAGAUCAUAUAAAGUGGGGGCUCCAUGGGUUGUCAAAACAAAAUAUGCAAAACAAUAUGGAAUUCCUACCACUUAUCCCGAUGAUCUAAAACAAUUUGCUGAUACUACUCCUACAGGAGAUAUUGUAUUCAUUCAACCUAAAAAGAAGCGUGGACCUCAACCGAAAAUAACUGAAACUCCACCAAAACCACCAAAACCUCCAAAACCUCCAAAACCUGCAAAACCUGCAAAGGAACCUAAAAAACCCAAGAAAAUUGCUAUUAAAACCGAACGUAAACAAGCAACUCCAGCAUCUCAAAAACCUAUUGUACCAAUUGCACCAACCCCACCUGUUGUGGUGGUUCCUUUUAAAAAGAAAUUUCCAACUCAUUAUAUUCCUGAUGCCAUAAUGAAAGAAUAUGAAGAGGAAGAAGCAAAAGGUACUCCAUCAUUUGGUUUAUCACAAUUUCAACCUACGAAAAAAAAUAUUGUCGAAGAUUUAGAAUUAAAAUUUGAUUUACAAAAUUCUAAACCACUUCCUAAAAUAUUGUCAUUACCAGAAAAUGCCAAAUAUUGGAAUCAACAAAUAAUUGAAGAAGAAGAACAACAAGAAGAAAGUAUGGAUGAAAUUGAACGGAAACGAUUAUCUUGUUAUGGAUUACCUUCUAUUCUGGAAGCAUUACAAUCAUGGAUAUUUCUUAAUGUUUAUCAUAAUAUAUUGAAUAUUGAUACAUUUACAUUUGAUGAUUUUGUGUUUGCUAUGGGAUGGAAUGGUGAUCAAUUUUCUGAAGAUGGACGUUGUGAAUUAUUGGAUGAAAUUUGGUGUGCUGUUUUGAGUACAAUAGUUUCUAAUGAAUUACCAACCAACAAGGAAGCCAAAGAUUAUAAAGAAAGAGACGAAAUCUAUGGGUUGACUAUAAGUUUGCCCGAAAAGGACGAAAUCAAUGAAGACAGUGACGAUGAAGAUGAAGAUGAAGAUGAAGAUGAAGAUGAACAUGACAAUAACGACAAUCAAGAUAAAAAGGGAGAUAAAAUUGAAGAGGAUAAACAGCUCAACCAGGAUGGAAAGCAAGACAAUGAUACCAAUUCAGAACAAAUAUCAUCAAAACCAAAAGGAGAUGAUUCAGAAGAUCAUGGUUCUGAAAGUGAACUGGAAGAAAAACAAUUGGAUAUUGACACUGAACAAAGUGAAUCAGAAGAGAAUGAUAAAGAUUCAAAUAUUGAAAAACCUGUUGUUACUCAUAAUGCUUAUGAAUGUAUGAAUCAUAGAGGUACUUCAUGGGAUGAACGUUUGCGUAAACGUAAUUUCAAAGAUGGUAAUUGGCAAUGUAUAUUAUUAGGUGUAUUGUCAUUAGUGGAACAUGUACCUGAAUAUGAGGCAACUAUAUAUAAGAUUUAUCAUAAAUUGGCUCCUAAAGAUAAACCAGCAACUGCAUUGUCGGUAAGAAAUCAAUUUUAUGAUGAACUUGAUAUUGAAUUAAAAUUCAAAGCAUUAAAUAUUCUUGUUGAUUUGGUAAUCAGUAGUCCUUUGGUAAGAAAUCAUAUUGAUGAUUGUCUUGAAAAUCUGACACUGUUAAGAAGAAACAGAUUAGAUAAUUUAAAGGAAUACAAAACUGUAUUGGAACAAGCCCAAAAAGCCCAUCAAUACAUUACUACCAAAAUUGCAACCACAAAUGUUUCACAGUUAGAUCAAUCACCACCAUCACCACCACCACCACAACAACAACAACAAAUAGAACAACCAUCAGAAGUGAAAAAGGGAUUGGAUCUUAAUAAUCUUGAAUUAUCUGAAGCUGAACGUUUGCUUGGUGAACAAGAUAGUGAAUUUCAAGAACAAUGUAAUAUUAGAAAAGACGCUAUUAUUAAGUUGAACCAAUUGAAGGAAGCUAAACGGGAAAUUGAACAGAAAUUGACUGAAUUAGAUUGUCAAAGAGUGAAAUUAUUAGGGAAAGACCGACUUUAUAAUAGGUAUUGGUGGUUUGAAAAUAAUGGAUUGCCAAAUUUACAUUCUGGAAGGAAUAAUGAAGAUGAUGAAGAUGAUGAAGAGAAUAAUGACAAUAAGAAGGAAGUAGAAGAGGAAGAUGUUGAUAGUGAUAAUGAAACUGAUGAUGUUCAUGAUGAAACUUAUCUUAUGGGGAGAUUAUGGGUCCAAGGACCUUCCAAUAAUGAUAUUUCUAUACAUUUCAAAACUGAUUUGAAAAAUGCCCAAGAAUUUCUGGAAAAAAUUGAUAAGAUACGACUUGAGAAUGAUGGACAAGAAUUUGACAAUGGAAAACUAGAUCCAGAUAACAACAACAACAACAACAACAAUAGCAGCAGCAACAACAGCAGCAGCAGCAAUAACAGCAACGCUAAUAGUAAUAAUAAUAAUAAUAAUAAUAGAGUAAAGAAAUUGAAUUUUAGUAAACUUCCAUCACAACUUAUUACAACUGUGCGGGAUUCAUUUGCGCUUGAUGUUAAAGAGAAAGAAAUUUUCACUCAAAGUGGAGAAAAAUUAAUAGAUGAAGAAGGAUCAUUUAUACUCCCACUUGCAAAAUUAUCUAAUUUACAACGUAAAUGUAUUGAAGAAUUUCCUGAUCCAUUAAUGACUGGACUGGAUUGGAGAUAUUAUGAUAAACCUGAAGAUAUUACUAAAUUGAUUUCUUGGUUGAAUCCAUGGGGUAAACGAGAAUCACUUCUUCGGAAAGAAUUAUCACUUGUUAAAGAAGCCAUUAUAUCUAGUAUGGAAGCGAGAAGAAAAGCGCUUUGGUUAGAUCAAACCCCACCUGAAGAAUUAGAAAUAUCUGACAACAUUAAGAAAUUAGAAACAAAAUUAUCUGGAGGUGGUAAUGAUAAUGAUAAGGAUAAUCUUUUUCUGAAAGAUACUACUAUUGCUGCUGGUGGUGGUGAAGAAGGUGAUGAUGAUGUAGUAUUAACUUCUGGUUCUAAACGUACAAGGAGAUCUACUGGUUCUAGAAAAAGACAAAAAGUAGUCACUGUUCAAGAUGCUUUGGAAUUUGGCGAACCAGAGGAUAUAAAUAAAAUGAUUCAAAAUUUAGAAGAAGAAUUAGUGGAAAAGAAAGAUAAUCGAGAAAUCAAUCGAGUAUUAGAAUGGGUCAAUUCUCGAGCAUUAGAUUUAUUUGAAAAAUCGUUAUAUGAAGGUGGAGAUAAACAAAAAUCAAAUACUAAAUCAAAACAAAAGAAGAAAUAA